CUUCUUCCUCUGACUCUUCUCACUCUACUGUUUCUGUACCAUACCACCCUUUUCAUCAACUAUAUUAUUUUUCAUUUUUCCUAAGAUCCAAAAUAAAUAAAUAAAUACCCUUUAGCUUCUAUUAAACUAUUCUUCAAAAAAGUUUCCAUUUUGUUACUACCCAUGUGCCAUAAUCUUGUUGUUAUCAACCUCACAUGUUCCAAAGUUGACUCUAGAACCUCUAUUAGAUCCAUAGCGGUUGUUGUAGUCACUAUUUUCUGAAAAUUUUGGGUAACCGUAGUAUGAAUUUAACGCCUUUAUUUGCAUUUAUGACAUCAUUUACACAUUAAAGACUUGAUCUUUCGUAACCCUUAAUAGAGGGCCAAAGAAAAUAUUAUUUUUUUUCGUUCUUUUUCAUAUUUUUUUAUAAACUGUUUUUUUUUUUAGUUUUUAAGCAAGAUGCAAUCGAGGGUUGUGGCAUCUGAAGAAGGGAAAGCAAAAGGGUUAUCAUUAGGAUCAUUGCGUUUACUUGUUGUUUUUGUUGCUCUAUGUGUUGUGUUUUCUGUGAUAAGCAUAUACACAAUUAAGCAUUUUGGGAUUGAGAGUGUGGUUACUACAGUGAGUUCAAGUUUUCAACCAUGUGAUGAGAAACAUGGUGGUUUGGAACAGUGGAUUAAACCACCUUUGAAGCUGAUCCAUAAUAUGAGUGACAAUGAACUUCUUUGGAGAGCUUCUUUGGUUCCUAAGAUUAAGAAUUACCCUUUUGAAAGAGUUCCUAAGAUUGCUUUUAUGUUCCUUACUAAAGGACCAUUGCCUCUUGCACCCCUUUGGGAGAGGUUUUUUAAAGGGCAUGAGAGUUUUUUUACUAUAUAUAUUCAUUCGUUGCCUUCAUAUCAAGCUCAGUUUCCUCCUUCAUCUGUUUUUUAUAAGAGGCAAAUCCCUAGUCAGAUUGCGGAGUGGGGAAGAAUGAGCAUGUGCGACGCUGAAAGAAGACUACUUGCUAAUGCAUUACUUGACAUCUCGAAUGAGUGGUUUAUUCUAUUGUCCGAGUCGUGCAUCCCUCUCUACAAAUUUAGUGUAGUCUACCACUAUGUGAAGAAAUCCAAACACAGCUUUGUUGGCGCAUUUGAUGAUCCCGGUCCUUAUGGAAGAGGACGCUAUAACCCAAACAUGGCCCCUCUAGUCAAUAUUACAAAGUGGCGUAAAGGCUCUCAAUGGUUUGAAGUAAAUCGAAAGCUUGCCAUCAACAUUGUCGAAGACACAACAUUUUAUCCGAAGUUCGAACAAUAUUGUAGACCGGCUUGUUAUGUUGACGAGCACUAUUUCCCGACCAUGUUAACCAUUCAAGCCGAGGGUGCAUUAGCAAAUAGGAGUAUAACUUGGGUGGACUGGUCUAGGGGUGGGGCCCACCCGGCUACAUUUGGAAGAACCGAUAUUUCGGAGGAGUUUUUCAAUAGAGUUCGAGGCGGUCAUGAAUGCGUAUAUAAUAACAAUAGAAACUCUUCAGUUUGUUUUCUUUUUGCAAGAAAAUUUGCUCCUAGUGCUUUGGAACCUUUGUUAGAUAUGGUGGAUUCAAAAGUCUUAGACUUCUGAUAUAUUUAUUAUACAGCACACCAAAUAUAGAUGUUAAUAAAGUAUUUAGAAAACUAGCAAAUUUUAUUAUAUGGCAUGACAUUGGUGAUUGCCUCAUUGGUGAGUAGUAGAUGAUAGUGAUGACCUCUUUUCAUAACUGUUAGUUUCAUUCUUGAAUGUACAAAGAAAGGUAUUGGAUCUUAAUUUGUUUCAUAUUAAUCGUU